UGGGGGAACAACAACAAACCAACACAUACACAACCCCGCCCUCUUCCACAAACCAGUCUCAUCGUCGCGUCCGACACAACACAACACCCAAACCACAGCAAAGCGCCUUGCUUCUUCUCGUCCUCUCGAGACACGCAGACCCCCACAACAACAACAAGCAGAAAUGGCUCUUCCCGUCCACCCUGGUGACAGCCUCCCUUGGGCUCUUGGCUUCCGUGAUGUCAACGGCAAGUACUUGACCGUGGAGAACUUUGGCCACCGCCUCAACAUCAACGGCGGCUCCAUGAAGACCAAGCAGAUCUUCCAGAUUGAGCAGGACGAGGGCGCCGGCUCCAAGGUGUUCAUCCGCACCCCGCACGGCCGCUACCUCACCGCCAAGCCCGACGGCACCUGGGCUGCGGAUGCCGAGACCCGCGGCACCAACGAGGAGUUUGAGAUUGAGGUGCAGCCCGAUGGCCGCUGGGCCCUCAAGAGCGCCCAUGGCUACUACUGCGGCGGCGCUGGCGAGAAGAUCGACGCCUUCACCAAGGAGGUUGCCGAGGACCGCCUCUUCAUCGUCAACCUGGCCAUGCACCCCCAGGUCUGCAUCUGGAACGUCAACCGCAAGACCUACCUCCACCUCGAGGGCGAGGUCAUCAACGCUGAUGAGCCCAUCCCAUGGGGCGCCGACGCCACCAUCACCCUCACCUUCUUUGACAGCACGGGCAAGUACGGUCUCCAGGCCUGCGACGGCCGCUUCCUCAAGAGCGACGGCACCCUCACCACCGUCGACACCGACCCCACCAUCCAGUACACCCUCGACAUGUUCGGCGGACAGAUGGCCUUCCGCGCCUCCAACAACAUGUACCUCACCUGCCUCGGCGGCAAGGGCACCUGCCGCGCCACCAAGCAGGGCCCUCCCGGCAAGGACGAGCUCUUCGUCCUCGAGGACUCCCACCCCCAGAUCAAGAUGACCUCCUGGCAGGGCAAGAAGGUCUCCGUCCGCUCCAGCGUCGAGGCCACCGCCAACCAGACCGACACCACAGAUGCCGAGCGCUUCCAGAUUGAGAUUGACGACAGCGGCAAGUGGAACAUCCGCACCAACAAGAACACCUUCUGGUACACCUCCGAGGACGGCACCAUCAUGACCGACGGCGCCAGCAAGAACGCUGCCAACUCCAAGUUCACCAUCGAGUGGCUCAACGACAGCAUCGCCCUCAAGGCCAGCAGCGGCAAGUUUGUCUCCGUCAAGAAGAACGGCGGCCUCGUCGCCAAGGACGCCGACAUCGCCGCCGAGUCCACCUUCGUGUACGAGCUCAUCAACCGGCCCCUCCUCGUCCUCCGCGGCCAGCACGGCUUCAUCGCCACCACGGACAAGUCCAAGCAGCUCAUGUCCACCAGCGCCAAGGCCUUCACCUACAACAUGCACGUCAAGGCCGGUGUGUGCCACAUCAGCGACCCCACCAAGGACUUCUGGAACGUCGCCUCCGACGCCUCCGCCGUCACCGUCGAUGGCAAGCAGCCCACCAAGUUCUUCCUCGAGUUUGUUGGCCUCUCCAAGAUCGCCCUCAAGCACAUGUCCGAGGAUGGCUCCAGCGCCUACCUGCGCUCCCACCAGAACGGCUCCGUCACUGUCGAUGGCGACAAGGUCGAUGCCUCCACCACCUUUGAGUUCUGAGUGCGCUAGCUUGCGCCGUCGGUGUCGGCUCAUCCCUUGAGACCCUGCCUGUCCUGACUCCCCUCCGCCCAAGCUUCAUGCCACCAGUUUCCAUUUCGAAUUUCCCUCUUUGACCGACGUAUCCGUGGCUGCAGAGGCCGUGCGCUUAUUGUAUGUAUGACCGUCUGUUGCCGCUGUCGGUUCACCUCGUUUUUGCUUUUCUCUUUCCCAUCCUCGUCCAAGCACCUUUCCUUUGCUCCUCUUUGCUUCGUGUAUCAUGGGCCCUUCCACUUCCUCUUCCUCUUCUUCCGCGCGUGGUCGUCUGCCGUCGCUGGCUUAUCACGUUUGCACAUGUUCGUGUGUAUGCGCGCGUACCUGUGCGUUUCUGCGUGUGUGCGUGUUUGUGUUCGUAACACCGUUAUGAGUAUGCUGUUGCUUGGUUGUCUCGUUUCAAAUUGUGUCCCAAGCAUGACGCUGGGCUAACAAGAGGUGUGUGUCCGAGCAAACAAACCCCAGCUUGUCAACAAAACCCCAAAUACACCAGGGCAACCCUC